AUGCGCGUUCGCGAUGCCAUGGCCAAGGGGCGGAUGCUGCUUCUGUGUGGCAUGGAUGUCAUCUACGAGGCACUCUACGACGUUUUGAACCAGCGCUACGUGCGGCGUCGCACCGAGGAGGGUGAGAUCGAAUUGCUCCUUCGCCUGGCUAUUGGAGCAAGGUCGCAGCUCUGUUCCAUGGCUCCUUCAUUCAAGCUUCUGGUGCUGGUUGACCAGGACCAGGCAUUCCGUCAGCUGGACGUGCCCUUCCUGAAUCGCUUCAUGGAUGAACAUCAUUUGGAGAGAGGCUUCGAGAAGCAGCUCGUGGAGCCCACGGAGCUGCUGGACCAAGCGAGGCAGCAGCUGCUUGUGCAGCUUCAGGCUUGGGCAGAGGUCGUGGCGCUGGAAGCAGGCUGUGAGCUGGUGGCUGGCGGCCUGAAGCCAUCGACCUUAGCUUCCUUGCUGCUGGCGCGGCCGGAGGCGAAUCUCGAGGAGCUGAAGCUGGCAAUCUUCGACAUGGCAUUGCCACUGGCAGUAUUUCGAUCAAAGAGCUUGCAGCAGCUGGGAAGUGCUGACAACUCGUACUUCCAGGUGCGAUGCAGCUUGGCCAGUAGCAUGGCCCAUGUCAUCUCCAGUGCCGAUGGCGGCAUCCUUUGCGAGCUCUCCACAUCAUCGCCAAUGGCACACAUGCCGCCGCUGCAAGACCUGGCGGAAGUUGGGGGCAGCAGCAUCAUCCCACUGGCACAGCUUUCCGGCUCCCAGCAGCUAGAGGACAUUCUGGAGAAGUUCUUUUCAAAAGACAGCGCCCGAAGCAGUGGAGACAGGACGCUGGUGCUCCAGGUGGAUGCCCUGAGCUGCAGUCCGUCGCGCCUGGCACUCACGCGUCACCGUUGCGCAGCGAAGGCAAGGAAUCGUGUUGCAGAGUGCUGCUUCGUAGCCGACAAGCUCACAGAUAGGCUUGGUGCUGCUGCACGUUCUCAUGUGUUCCUGGUGCUUCACCGGGUGGGUUGGACCACCCAUGGCAGUGACUGGGACUUUCAAAGAGAUUUCCUUCAAAGCUCGGUCUACGAGCUCCAUGUGCGGGGGCUGAUCCCCUCCCUGGCAGAGUUUCUUGGCUCUACCGUCCAUGUCCCAAGACAUUGGGUCGUAGGAUGCCAGAGACUGAGGAUCCUGCAGGUCUGGAGGCCUUUGCCGAGCGGGUUCGUGGCAUGCGCCGGGCGCUUCAGCAAGAGGCCUUUGUGGAGGCGCUCCAGUCCCUGGCUCUGCUGGUCCUGGAGAAGUGGGCCAACAGUGACCCUGGAGCCCUGCAACUGCACGUGUGCCUAG